AUGUCAGAACGCAGCAGCCAACCCACGGUCCUUAUCGUCGGAGCAGGUCUGGGAGGGCUCAUGCUUGGAGCACUCUUGGAGAAGGCCGAUAUCCCCUAUGCCAUCUUUGAGCGCACCGCCGUGGUCAAACCCCUUGGAUCUGCAUUGUUGGUUGGCCCUAACAUGAUUCCUCUGUUUGAGCAGUUGGGCAUCGAUAAGGAGUUCAUUGCUAUGGGUAGACCUACCCCUAAGAUCACCGUCAACCGUGAGGGUGGACCCCCACUUUACAUUGUCAGUUCCCUCCCUCAAGUCAAUACCGGAUACUACAGCUAUAUUGUAGCUCGCCCACUGUUCUACGAUCUCCUGUUGAAGCAGAUCCCCACAGAAAAGAUCCACUUCAGCAAGCGCGUCCUCACCAUCUCGGAGAAGGAGGAGCGAGUCAAGAUCCAUACGGCUGACAAGUGCACUUACGAGGGCGACAUUCUCGUCGGAGCUGACGGCGCCUACAGCGCUGUCCGUCAACGCAUGUACGAGGCUCUGAGACAGGAGGGAAGACUGCCCAAGUCUGACCAGGAAGAUUUGCCCUUCCACUCGACCUGUCUUGUGGGCCAGACCACACCGGUUGACUUUGCUGACUUUCCCGAAUUCCAAGAGCCUUUGUUUGGAAACAUGACCUCUAGCAAAGCCGCCGAGGAGCACCGUUUCCGCGAGUCGGACAACUCGCAGUGGGGACCUCAUGCUGCCCAAGCGAUGGUGGAUGAGACGCGCCAUUUCCCGCUCGUUGUCGGAACCAAGAAGAUGACCAUGGGCGACCUUUAUGAUUUAACACCCGAGGGUCGCAUCUCCAAGGUUAUGUUGGAAGAAAAGGUCUUUCAGACUUGGAACUCUGGCCGUACCGUUCUCUUGGGCGAUGCCUGCCACAAGUUGAACCCAUCUGGUGGUCAUGGAGCAAUCACCGCGAUGCACGACGCCACUGCCAUCGCGAACAUCAUCUACGCCCUUCCAGCCAACGCCAACACCAACACCGUCCACAAGGCGUUCGCAGAAUACCAGGCCGAGCGAAUCGUUCCCGUUACAGAAUCCUACAAUACCAGCAAGUCGUUCUCCAAGAUCAUGGAACGAGGCAUCGUUGGCAUGAUUGCAUUGUUCUUGUUCAAGAAUAUUCCUCUCUGGCUGUUGAAUAUAAUUUAUAAGAGGCAGAUUUUGAUUAGGCCCCAGGCUGGGUUUUUGCCGAUUAUACCGUUGAAGGGUACUGUACCUGCUAUACCGUCGCCGAGUACUGAGAAGGCUAGGGCUGUCUAUGACAGGCGCAUGGCUGCCGUUUCUCUUUAA